AAAAAUUUGGGUCACAGCUGAUGUUUGUUUAUACUUUUUAUACUGUUUAUAUUAACACACACGCGCUUCAUAAAAAGUAGUCAGUCUUUUCACAGAUUUAGUCUUUUCUAUUAUUUUUAAAAUAUUUUUUGUUAUUGAGUUCUUGCUAAUGAUCAAUUGGACAACACUAAAAGCUGCAGAAACAAUCCUAACCCGAGAUUGAUUUGCUAAAACAUGGGCACAAACUUGUCACAACGAUUAAUUAGGGAUUCCACUUGAUCAAAUGUGUUUGCUCUAAAAAUGGGAAAUUUAUGGAGUGCGGUGAUUGAUUAUUGUCCAGAAGGUGUAAUUCGGACAGUGUCCAAUUCGUACAUUAGACACAGAGAAAAGAGAAAAAAGGAUGCUAUUGACAUUGAAGAGUCACACCUCAUCGAUUCUCUUCAUUCACCCAAAAGGCGGAAACUGACCUGCACCGCACACUACAUUUUCCAGGCGUUGUAUGUUGAAGGGAAAGACAGUGACAUAACAGUCAAUAUUCUUGACAAAGACUGGAAACUGCAUAAAAUAUAUUUGGGGCAGAGUCAAUAUUUUAACAGUAUGUUCUCUGGUUCUUGGAAUGAAUCAAAAAAGUCAUACAUAAGCAUCAAAGUCGAAGAUCCAAAUAUCACAGAAGAAGCUCUUGCUGCUGUUUUUGGGUCAUUUUACCAAGAUGAGAUCAUAGUAGAGCCAAGGGUAGUUGUGGGUGUGCUGGCAGCAUCUACUAUGUUUCAACUUGAAGGACUUAUAGAACAAUGCUACGAGAUCAUGCUGGAAACAAUUUCUCCAAUUACUGUUGUUCAGUAUUAUCAUGCCUCAUGUCGAUAUGGUGCUCAGAAAGUUAAAUCAAAAGUGAUUGAUUGGUUUUCGGUUAACCUUACUGAUUAUUAUUACAAAAAUCCAGCUAGACUGAAGGAAAUCGAUGUGGAGUUGAUGAAUGUGAUUUUGUCCAACCCUGACCUUUGUGUCAUCCAAACAGAGAUGACAUUGUAUUCUUUGCUGAGAAGAUGGAUGUAUAACAGAUUAAAUGUCGACAUGGACACAUCUGACUGCAGCAAAGAGCCAGAACCUUUCUUUUGCAAUGGUGAAGGAGAUGUACCAUUUUUGAUGAGUGAAACUGGCAGGGAAUUUGAGCCUAUUUUCAGGCGUUUGCGUUUAGGCCAUCUCUUACUCCAUGUUAAAGACCUCUUAAAUAUCUCAAAGGACAAGAUAAUUCCUGAAGCUUGGAUGCUUGAGGCUUAUAAAACACAGUGGGUCAAUCUUCUUCGUGUUUUAUCAGGAUCAGACAAAGGACCGACAUCUGUAGAUGAAGAAUUCUUUAACAUGAACAGUAUCAGAUGUGGGCGAGAAAUCCAUUCUGGAGACAACAGGUCAUGGAGGUGGAACUGGUUCAGCUUUGGUGUUGAUCUAGUCUGGUCUAUUGUAGAUAACUCAAUUCUAGUCAGAAGACAGCGUACAUACCUUGAUUACACCCUUGUUGAUAAUUCUCACAAUAUAUUAGUGAGACUCGAUUUGUUGACGUUCGAUGAGCAGCGCCAAGUGAAGAAACUUAUGAAGACUGAUAUAAUAAACCUUUCUCUUACAAGGAGCCAGGAGACAAAACUACUCUCAUUUGAUUCAGAAUUUGAAUACCCUCUUUUUAUCUUUGUCAAGAUCUUACUAACAUCACCAGCAAAAACUGUGGCUUCGAGUUAAAAGCUUUACAAAAUCUCUUGGCCUAUGAUUAAUCUCGGCUGAGCUAAAGAUAUUUUUGUAUAAAUAAUCUUGUAUUCUGUUUAACAAAUUCCCAUAAAUUCAUAGGAUACUCACAAUUUAUUUUGCGUUUUAUUUCUGGAUAUUUGUAACAUUCCAUCUAAUGCAUAAAUUUAAUAAUUAUUGUAAGAUAUAAUUAUUUUAUUAUAUAAUAAUUACAUUUAUUUUUUGUUUAUUUUAAGGAAGUGAUUUAAUUAGACAGGAGGGUUUCAUUUUAUGCAUUAACAUGUACUGUUAUCUAAAUUACUUAAAACUAAACUCUUUUUCAUUUUUUGUUUUAUAAACCAAUAUUUUUUAACACUAACUUUACACUAAUCCAUUAAGGUACUGUAUUUUUCAUAAAUAAUGUUACCUAUUUUUAUAGAUAUUAACUUCAUAUAUUAUGUAUAUACGUAUAUUUCAAAGUAGAAAACUUUUCUCCACAAAAUUAAAUUGUAAAUAAAUAACACUUUUUAGUUAAAUGAGAAAAGUGAAUUAUGCAUGGCCUUAAUGUCAGAGGAUAGUCUGAACAAAUUGUAAAACUUUUAACAGAUAGUUAACAACUUUUUUCCCAUGCAUUAUAUUUACUUGUUUUUGCUAAAUUACAUGCUUCCUAUGGUACAUAUAAACUUACAGAUAAAUAAAAAAAAUGUUUAGCUUUUGUUACAAAUAAAAGUAAGGUUGUUUAGUUGUUUUGCA